AUGCCUGCAGGAGAGCACGAUAUUGCCAUGGUCUUCCACUUGGCAUACCAAAUCCUGGAAGAGCGGGACCGUAUGGGUGGUCAUGACAGGGUCUGUCGGUGUCACCAUCUUCAGGACGCCGUUAGGACGUUGAACAGAGGGCUGCGAUACGAGCCGGACAGUAGCUUGCUCAUGCAGCGAUUGGAGAAGAGAGAGCUGGAGUUGGCAAAGGACAGGAUAUACACGAUUUGA